AUGAGCUUUCGUCAGCGCCUUUCCUCCCCUCGGUCUACGAGACUGUCGGAGAGAAGAGAGGAGAUAGGCGAGAGAUCCGUUAACAGGCAAACCCAUGACAUAGAGCACAAUGAGAAGCGAUUCGUGUUUACCCCUUCGGGGAGGUUGACGAUUCCCCGCCUUCUUCUCUCCAUCACCAUUCCGCAACACCUCAACUGCUAUCGUCGCGCAGAUUUUCACCAACGACAGCUUCCCGAACGCUUCCCCUCCGCGCGAACCAAGAUGACCUCGAAACCGUUCCACCCACAAACCUACAACAUCCAAACCCCCCGACUCACCCUCCGCACCGCAGUCGAAUCCGAUACCCCCGCCCUCUUCGCCCUCUACCAAAACCCCUCCAACUGGCCCCACUCCGCCCCCGAACAAGACCUCACCCCCGAAAAACUAACCGCCCGCAUCGCCGACUGGUCAACGACCGCCUCCUCAGGCCAAAACGCCUUCCUAGUCUUCACCCUCGACGACGAGAUAAUCGGCCUCGGGGGCUACAACACCUUCGAGGACUUGGAAGCCGCGCAGCUCUUUCCCGAUGCCCCGGGGGGCCGCAUGACGGAUUUCGGCGUCGUCUUGGAUCAUAGAUACUGGCGGAGGGGUUUCGGCUCGGAGAUUGUUUGUGCGCUUGUGGAGUAUGCGAGGAGGGAGUUGGGGUGUGUGCUUUUUAGGACGGAGACGGGGCUUGAGAAUGACGAGUGGAGGGCGUUGAUGGCGGCGUUGGGGUUGGGGAGGUUUGAGGAGAGGGAUAGGGCGAGUUACGACGGUGAUCUGGAAUGUUUCGUUUGGAGGUUUGAUGAGACAUCUUGGGAGGAGGUGAAGAAGGGGUUGGUGGCCGACGCCAAGUGGCCUUUGUGA